AUGGGAGUGCUGACAAGUUCGUGCCUCUCUCUCUUUCUCUACUCUCUCUCUUCCAUUUACGCUUGGCUGACCACGUACUUCCCAGUCACCACUGCCCUCGAACUGCGAGUCUCCUAGAACAGCGAGAGAGGGAGGGAAUUUUUUUAGCAAAAAAGUCAGGAUUUUUCUGGACCCUUUUGGUUUUUCUUUAGAAAAAUUAAUCGAGAAGCGGUUUUCAAUGUAUUGACCGCGUUUGUAGAAUUGGAUUCAAUCGCUAUGUAGUCCUUGGCAAGGCCUUUUGUAAAAAAGAUCGUUUUUUUUAUCGUCGGAUUGCAGACUUAUUGGAGAGAGAGGGAGAGAGGGAGAGAGAGAGGGGAAGAUGAGUUUCUAAAAAAACAGGAUUUUUCUGGACCCUUUUGGUUUUUCUUUCAAAAAAUUUAGCGAGAAAGCAUAGCGGUUUUCGAUGUAUUGACCGCGUCUGUAGAGCUGGAUUCAAUCGCUAUGUAGUCCUUUGGCAAGGCUCCUCGUUAAAAAGAUCGUUUUUCUCAUCGUCGGAUUGCAGACUUUUUGGAGAGAGGGAGAUCAGUUUCCGACCAGUUUCGACUUUUUCUUUUGUGGGUUCUCUUUUUUUUUUUUUGGUGUCCCGGGACCGUGAAAUUCAUCGUGCCUCUUGGAGCUCAAGUGGGUCACUUGUUGGUUUCCUUCUUUCAACUUCUUCUUCUUCUUCUUCUUUCCUGCCCUUCUUCGAUGUCCAUGCCCGGCUUGCGGCUCCUCCUCUUUUCCACGCUGAAUAGUCUCUUCUCUUCUUCUUUCCACGCGCCCGUUUGUCUCAUUCUGGACUUCUCCUGGCACUUCUUUUCUUGAUUGUCAGCAAGGGUAAUCUCAAAUUCAACUGCUUUUGCAUCUCACGGGUUGUUGCUUUCUUUUGAGCUUGAUUUGUCUUUAGGGGGCGAAUCUUCACGUGUCUGCGAAGAGGGGGGUGUUGUCUUGCGGUUUAAGCAUCUGGGUGUCUUGAUAUCGGGCAAAUCUUUACUGGGUUUGGGUUGAAAAUGGCUUUUGGAGCGCUGGACUGUGUGGGGUUGGUCUGAGGUCAACUUUGUUCUUUUGGGGGUAGAUUCUUUUUUUGUUUUUUGUUUUUUUGAAUUGAGUGGAUUGUGGUUUGAGUGAUUGGGGAGAUUUCAUGCUUGGCCCAAGACAAUGGAGAUGUCUAUGGCCGGACUUCUAUUCCUUUAGCAUUCUUUACCGCGGCUGGGUGAGGAGGCAAUGAAGAACCUUUUCAAGAAGCUCCACAUCAUGUCGAAUCAAACAGAAGACAGGGAAGAGCUUAGUUCGUCUAUGGGCAGCAAGACCUACGACGAGGCAUCGUCGCCUGAUAGGCUCACGCAAGCGCGAUCGUAUCAUUUCGGCGAGCACAAGCCCUUUUCAGGGCUUUCUUCUUGGUUACACUCGGUUACUAAUAAGCACGGACAUGCUGGCCCAUCAUCUUCGAAUGCAUCUUCGAAUGUGAUUAAGGGAGAGCCAACGGAGCCAUCUGAUUCUGUCAGCGUCAGUGGAGCGAAUACUGAUCCGGAUGCAUCUUUGCGGGAUUCGGAGUCUAACUCUAGAGAUCCUGAUGUAGAGGAGGAGUAUCAAAUACAAUUGGCGAUGGAGAUGAGUGCUAGGGAGGAUCCUGAGGCAGUUCAAAUCGAGGCUGUCAAGCAGAUUAGUUUGGGGUCUUGUGCUCCAGAUAAUACUCCAGCCGAGGUUAUUGCUUAUAGAUACUGGAACUACAAUGCUCUUAGCUAUGAUGACAAAAUCGUGGAUGGUUUUUAUGAUCUAUAUGGGGUCCUGACUGCGUCAACCUCAGGCAGAAUGCCUUCACUUGUUGAUUUGCAAGGAACACCUGUAUCUGAAAAUAUCGCUUGGGAAGCAGUUUUGAUCAACAGAGCUGCAGAUUCAAAUUUAUUAAAACUGGAAGAGAAAGCCCUAGAGAUGGCAGUCAGAUCAAGAUCAGCAUCUCUUGGUUUGUUACAGAGUAAUUUGGUGCGAAACCUAGCUGUUUUAGUUUCGGACUACAUGGGUGGACCAGUUGCAGAUCCAGAGAACAUGUUAAGAGCAUGGCAAAGUCUUGGCUAUAGUUUGAAAUCAACCCUUGGUAGUAUGGUUUUGCCUCUUGGUUCCUUGACUAUCGGGAUGGCUCGGCAUCGUGCUUUGUUGUUUAAGGUUUUGGCCGACGGUGUAGGCAUCCGAUGCCGGUUAGUGAAGGGGCAGCAGUAUACAGGUUCAGAUGAUGUAGCAAUUAACUUUGUAAAGCUUGAUGAUGGAAGGGAGUACAUAGUUGACCUCAUGGCUGAUCCAGGCACUCUCAUACCAUCUGAUGCGACGGGUUCGCAUGCAGAAUUUGAUGAAUCAUACUUAUCAGUCAGCCCUAUGUCAGGAGAUUCAUCGCAUGCGGCCUCUUCUAGUAGCGGAGUUACCAGUUCUUAUGAAGAGCAGUUAGAAUUUGGGACUUCUGACAAGAGAUCCAGGUUCGGAACCAGUGCAGUGUCAGGAAAUGAGUCCAUUAAUGAAGGUGAAGUCCUGGCUGAUGUGAAUAUUACUAGGCCAAUCAUGGUGAAGGAAGGAGCCAAGAAUUCCCCAGAAGACCUGAAAGAUCAAUCCAAUUUGAAUAAGUUGGGGGGAAGAGAGAUCCCGGGAAGGCCUAAUUAUCCUUACACGCAUGCAAGAUCUCCUUCAUGGACGGAAGGUGUGAGCUCACCUGCUGCUCGCAGGAUGAAAGUGAAAGAUGUUUCAGAAUACAUGAUUGAUGCUGCCAAAGAGAACCCACAGUUAGCUCAGAAGCUUCACAAUGUAUUACUUGAAAGCGGUGUCAUUGCUCCACCAAACUUGUUUAGUGAAAUUUAUCCUGGGCAGUUAGAUGCAUCAACUGAGGCCAAGUCACCAGCUGAGGACAGGCCUCUGAUAGGAAGUAAGGAUGAAAAGAGCCAUCAGGUUGGAAUUCAAGACACUAAGGGUCAGGAUAGUAGAAGUGAGCCUCGCUUUUUGCCUCCUUUGCCCCCCUAUAAACCGCAUUCAAAAGCGACAACCCCUUGGGGUCCAUCAGAGCAACCUAAACCUGUAGAAGGUUUAGGAUUCAACCCUCCACUAGAACUGCGGGAAGCAACUGGGCAGUCCAUUUGGUCUCAAUCCAAUGCCACUCCACCGGUAUAUGUGAAAAAUGUCCCUGUAGCGGCAGCGGCAGCAGCGGCUGCUGCAGUGGUGGCGUCGUCCAUGGUAGUUGCUGCUGCAAAGUCGAACACGGACUCAAAUCUUGAAAUUCCUGUUGCAGCUGCUGCCACGGCAACAGCUGCAGCUGUGGUGGCAACUACUGCAGCUGUCAAUAAGCAAUAUGAAGCAGGGGUGAAAAGUGAUGGGGAUCCAGAUUCUGGUGGGUAUGAGCAACGAGGGAGUGCUAAUCGGGAGAGUGAUGCUACUGGAGUAAAUUCAGAAGGCGAGAGGGUUUCUGACAGAUCAACUAGUAAUGAUAGCACAAAAUCAGAUAUUGCCCUUGAUGAUGUUGCGGAGUGUGAGAUUCAAUGGGAGGAGAUCUCCUUGGGAGAGCGUAUAGGACUAGGAUCCUAUGGGGAGGUAUACCGUGGGGACUGGCAUGGAACCGAAGUUGCAGUUAAGAAGUUCCUAGACCAGGAUAUUUCUGGUGACUUGCUUGAAGAGUUCAAAAGUGAGGUCCGGAUAAUGAAGAAAGUUAGGCAUCCCAAUGUCGUUCUUUUCAUGGGAGCUGUAACUCGUCCUCCAAAUCUAUCAAUUAUUUCAGAGUUUCUUCACAGAGGAAGUUUAUAUAGGCUGCUACACCGGCCUAACAAUCAAUUAGAUGAGCGAAGGAGGUUAAGGAUGGCCCUUGAUGCAGCCCGGGGAAUGAAUUAUUUGCAUAACUGUAAUCCAGUUAUAGUACACCGUGACUUGAAGUCUCCCAACCUUCUUGUUGAUAAAAAUUGGGUCGUGAAGGUUUGCGAUUUUGGAUUAUCUCGGAUGAAGCAUAGCACAUACCUCUCAUCUAGGUCCGCCGCUGGAACGGCAGAGUGGAUGGCUCCGGAGGUGCUGAGAAAUGAACCUUCAGAUGAAAAGUGUGAUGUCUAUAGCUUUGGGGUCAUAUUAUGGGAGCUGUCUACGCUGCAACAACCUUGGGGGGGAAUGAAUCCUAUGCAAGUCGUUGGUGCUGUCGGCUUUCAGCACCGUCGGCUCGAUAUUCCGGAUAAUGUGGACCCUGUUGUCGCGGAUAUCAUCAAAAAGUGCUGGCAAACAGAUCCGAAAUUGAGACCGACAUUUGCUGAGAUCAUGGCUGCGCUGAAGCCCUUGCAGAAGCCCAUAACUAGCUCCAUGAUCCCGAGGCAAGCACGCUGAUGAGCAGCGAGCGCGACACUGUCCGAUUUGUUAGACGAGGUGUCCGGCCGAAGUAGCAGAAUCAUGAAUUGAACGAUGUUGGCACAUCCCAUGUCGUUUUGGAGGCGGGUCCUCCAUUGUCGGGAAACUAUGCGAAGAUCGAACUUCUGGGGAUGGUUGGUCCGACGGACGGCGAUUGAUUGGCAAUUGUGAUUUUUCUCUUUCACUGUCUUAGUUUUGCUGCCUUCCACAAGUUUGUGAAAUUCUUUGUACAGAUAUAUUUUUCUUGUUGUAUAAUCAAAUUCUUUCCUUUUUGUCUGUCAAAUGAAAAUAGUUCAUCAGAUGAUCACUUACUGGAGUUUACUGAAAAGGGCAUUUUCAUCUUACAGCUGAUGUGA